ACUUUUGGUUAAAAAUAUAUGACUAACCCCGGGAGGACGUACUGAAAGUCGUUUUCAGAGGUUUUAAGGCGAUUUGAAAAAAAGCAAGGCGAUAUUUUCUUCCUUGUUCCCCCCUUGAAGACGUGCCUGUUUGGACUCUACCGAUUUACCGCAAUAAGGUGGGCUUGCCCAGAGUUUGAAUUGACACACGAGAAUCAUCCCGAAACUACUUUUCGUGAGAGGUAAAGGCUUUAUAUCCACAGCCGGGUGCUAGUUUCUUUUCAUUUAAACAGAAAGGAUGUAUCAAAACUUUGGGAAUCAAGGGAGAGGCAACCCAGCGUACACUGGCAGCUCCUCUGGGUCUCACUCCCAGGGAAGCACCAGCAACACACAGCAGGAGCAGAAGUAUACAAUGUCCGGCAGCAGUCAAUUUGUACCAAGCCUCAAUGCCAUUACAACCAACCAGGACCUCCAGUGGUUGGUCCAGCCCUCAAUCCUGCAUCCGCCGGGCCCUUCAAGAUCUCCAGUUCCUCCCUACCCAACCCUCUCCGGGGCACGGCCUCUGGCUCCACCACCCCAUUUUCUCCGACCAGGUGUCAUAAGAGCUGCUGCACACACUACUGCUUCGACAAGGCACAGGAAUGACCAGCAUCUAUCCCAAGAAGAGAUGGAGAGACGUAGAAUAAGAAGGGAGCGGAAUAAGAUGGCAGCAGCAAAAUGUCGCAAUCGCCGUCGGGAGCUAACAGACACACUGCAAAAUGAGACUGACAUACUGGAAGAUGAAAAGUCAAAGUUACAGAAGGAAAUAGCACAAUUAGAAAAGGAGAAGGACAAGCUUGAGCUGGUCCUGGAAGCUCACCGUCCCAUUUGUAAAAUAGAGGGAUCGGAUUCAGAUUCGGACCCAAAUCCAUCCAUUUCCUCUUUGGGAGGCAUCAAACUGGAGCCACAUGACUUCAGCAGACCCGGACCCUCAACCAGACAGCCAACAAAAGUAGAGAAGCCUAAACCGAGGAUAACCAUCCCAACCAAACGUGAAACAGCGGCUGCCUCGUCUGCUGCCUCUGAAUCAGAGUCUCUCCACACUCCGGUUCUCGCAUCCACUCCCUCCCUCACGCCCUUCACAGCUGGUAUGAUUUUCACCUACCCCUCUGCCUCUUCGGACACCAGCGCCUCCACCACGUCCCAUGCUUCCUCCCAUCAUGGAAACAUCCACCACUCUCAGGUCCCACAGCCCUGCGGGAUAGCCCACCGCCGCAGCAGCAGCAGUGGAGACCAAUCGGAUCACUCCCUGCACUCCCCGACCAUCCUCACGCUGUGAUCAAAGCCCGCAGCACCCUGACAAAACAGUAAUGUGUGAGAGGAGGGAUCUCUGGGGGUGUGAAAUGAAAACGAUGAUUGUGUUCAGCAUUUCAAAAUGAGCUUCAUGUCUUAUUUCAGAAAGUAGAUCUUUACUUGGAUGAUAUGCCAAUUAGAGGCCCGAUUUUGAUAAAAAUGUUACUAUUUUUUGUAUUGAUACAAAUAUAGAGUCUUUUACCUUUCAUUUUAAAAGCUAUUAUGUAGAGUGAACAUGUUUGAAGUUUAUUAGCAAAGCAUUGCAUGCAGAAUUUAUAAUACAAGCUUUUCUAGAGAAAUAACUAUAACUCAAACUAGUAAUAUAAUAAUUGUGAUAUUACAGUAAAUGUUGAAUUGAAUGCCUUUUUUACAUUGUUACAUCAUGUUUUGUAACACUUUAUAAACGUCCUCAGCAAGGGAAAUAGACUACUUAUAAACAAAGUUCCUUAUUUUUGUACGAGUCCUCUAAUAAAUCCUAAUAUUGUCUAUGCAAACGAUUGACCACUAAGGCUGGGCCGUAGGAGUUAAUAUAGAUUUUAUAAUCACAUAUUUAUAUUUCCAGAGUGUAAUAUAUAUAUAUUUGUAAAUGUUUUUGUUGUCUCUGAUCGGUUGUGUUUGGCAGUGCCUUACUUUUAUUUUUGUCAAAGUAGUAAUACUGCACAGACAAUAAAGAGCUAGCAUGUAUACAAUUUGUGAUGGUGUUAUUAUUUACAACCAAACGAAGAAUGUGAAUAUCCUGAGAAUUUAAAAACAACCAAUUCAUCAAAUUAAAUUAAGAAUGAAACAUUUAAAGUGUAAAGAAGAUGUGUAAACUUUGUGAACACCAAGACACAGUUCAACCUAAAGAGGAACAGCAACACUUUUGGACUUAUGAGUAUUACAUUCUUUUAUAGUAAAUUGAAAGAAGAUCCUUCUGCAUUUAACUUGAAAUGAAUUAGUAAUGUUCGUUGGUUGAAGCUUUUCAAACGUGAGGUUUUGCAGCUGUCUUGGGUUAAGGAAUGCUUUUCAGAAUAAAAAUUAUAAUUGCAAUUUUUCUUUCUCUUUUUUUGACUGUGUUUUGCAUUUUACAUGAAAAUGCAAAUGAGGGAAACAAUAUAUAAUGAAAACAAUCACAACUCUUUUACUGACACUUGAUAAAAGCAUUUGAUGGCUGCAAAUUACACUGAGAAUGUGAACACUGUGUUCUGUCUCCCAAAAUGAAGUGAAUCUCAUGCUAAUACAUACACGGCUCAGAGGGCAUUGGAUUGCUCUACUAAAAUGGGGUUAGAGAGAAAAACGAGAUGGAACGAGAGUCAGAGUGAGAGCAC